UACACACACACCUUACCCCGUAGAAAAUCAGGAACAGUCACUCUGUAUUGCAGAUAUUUCCGCUUAUAGCCCCUUAGAAGCUACGUCGGCCUUAUUGAAUGCGUCUCCUCUGGAGUUUUAUGAAUUUUACAGGGUCAGUAGUAAAGCACUAUGAGUUUUGUGUCAGCAAGUGAAAGUCUCAAAGUGAAGAAAUUUGAGAGUCAAAAUGAAGUUGAUGAAAAGAGGCGGCUGAAACAGGAGCAGUGGGAAAAGACAAGAAAACCCGAUGAUCCAGAAGAAUGUCCCGAAGAAGAGACUCGUACACUUUAUCAACAGCUGCAGGACAACAAAGAAAUUAAAGAGAGGGAAUACGAAGAACAGAACCGCCUUCGCAACAGCAUUAAAGGGCUAGAGGAGGAGGAGGUAAAGUUUCUGGAACAUGUAUCCAGCUGUCAGAUGCAGCUGCAGCGAGAACGGGAACAAGAAGAAACUGCUCUUUUUGAAGAACUUAAGGAGGCAGCUUCAAAAAGAACUACAGAGAAAAGUGCCCCAGCCACAGAGUCUAAAAAACUGUCUUCUGUGUCUGGAACAGCAUUGAUCAACAAAAAGUCUCAACAGUCUUUACUCUUGGGAGCCAUCAAGAGGAAAAGUGUGGACAAAAUGGAAGACACAAAGAGGCAGAAACAAUCAAAAGAUGAGGCACUGAGCAACGAGAUAUUGUCAGAAGCUACACCCAACCUUGACAUUACCCCUAACACAGAUAAACUUAUGGCGCUCAUUGACCCAUCAGCACAAGUGGCACAGGUGGCUGGAAUUUUGCCUGGCAUUGGUGUCUAUGACGUGAACACCUCAGACUCAGAGUCCUCCAGUGCGGAAUCUGAUAUUGAGGAUUACAUGGUUACCAGGAAAAUUGUGUAUGCCAAAGUGCAUGUGCAGGAGAAUUAAACAUUUAUCAUUGUUGUCAUCUUUCUGUUUUUUGUUGUUGUGUAUUUGUAAACCCUGCUCUGAUUCUUAGUCCUGAAACACGUGAUGGUAAAACUGGAACAAACAGCUAUGCACACUCAGUAUGGGCAUCGGGUGUGCAUUCUAAAGAGACUGAUAAAGACAAAGAGGUGCAAGUAUAAGGAAAGUGCUCUUCAUAUUCCACUCAAACUUCAGGAUGUAUUAGUUAACCUCAAGCAUUGUGCCAUAAGGUGAUGCAGUUAAAUCAGCACUAUUUAAGCACAGUGUUGUUUGGAUGUUAGCAGUCUCUGCUUUCAUGAUAACCCAGUUUUUACAUCUUGUUUCGAAUGUGAGGAAAAGUCAUUACCCUCAUGAUUGUAUUUUUAGAGCAGCUAUUUGAAAUAUGACCAUCAUUGCAUGUGCUUGUCGAAUAAAUAUAGUACAAGAAAUUUCUGCUAUCUCUUUUUUCCUUUGUUCUCUGUUACCAAGUUACCAAUAUUUCAAGGAGGAGCUCCUGAAGUUGCACAUAAUGAUGGCUUCUUUAUUAAUCAGAAGUGAUACUGCAAGCAACCUGUCAAUUACCAGUCUAAAUGCUGUUGUUAAAAGGCUUUUGUCAAGAUGAACAAAAGCUGCAUUACCGCCUAAGGCUGCUAUAGCUGAAGUUUGUCAUGGCAAGUUUUAUUACUUCCUGAUUUAGAAGAUGAAAGUUCACUGGCUAAGUUGAAGGCUUGCAUCGGAAUCAGGAAGGUGAAAGAGUCCUAGAGCUAAAGAUUUGGUAAGCCAGCUAUUCAAGAAAUAUGAAUUGCAUCUGUCAUGUCACACUGGAGAGAGAAAUAAAAUGCCAACUUUUCACUCUGUCAAGAUAUGCUUAGAGCCCUGACACAAUGUCUGUUAACCUGCAUGUGGCCUGUUGUGUCAUCUGUUUUUCACUGUCUUGUUGCUACACUACAGCAUGGAGGAUAUUGUAUUUUCUAUAUUUGUACACUGUUGUAUAGCAAAGAUCCGUACCAUUACUUAAAGAAUCAUUUAAUAGAGCAUGGCACAAAGGAAUGUGGAAUGUACUGCACUUAUUCAAGUUGGAGGAAGGUCUGAUGUGCACCAUCAAGGCACAGUACAAUGGCUCCAGGAGCUCAGUAACCACGUGGGUACACUCUUUCCCACAAUGGUGGGUGAACCUAAGGAUGCCCACUUUCUACACCUGUUUGGAGAAAAUCAUGGGUGAUACAUUCCAGGACCACCACAACUCCAUGUUGAUCAGGGAAGUCCAACUGGUAACCUCUGCUUUGCAGACAACAUAGAUUUCAUGGUGGGCAGCAGCAGCAAGUUACAGAGCCUUAUGGACAAACUCGCCACCAGCACCAGUCCAUAUGGGAUGGAGUCCAGCACGAAAAGUAAGGUCAUGGUAACAAGGCAGAGAUCCGAAUGAGCAGAGUACAGCUGGAGGAGGUGCAGUCCUGGGCGUAACCAGUUCCAAAGAUGGUAGCUGUGCAAAGGACAUUUGUCGGGGGCAAUAGGCAGACUUAACAGACUUUGGAACAGCAAAUUCAGAGCAGCAGCUUCACCAGAUUCAGGUGCUAUAAGUCUCAUUAUGCCAACCAAUUCUGCACGGCUGCGAAACAUGGACCUAGCAAACAAAACGAGCAGCAGUCCAGGCUCGACAUGACACCAUGCCGAAGGCAGUUGAUGCCAAAGCAAACACAAAAAAGGAUGGGUGACUAAUGUGAAGGAAUAGGCUGUUUUGGGGGGACCUUCUCAGUCAGGCAGAAAACUGGCCCUAUGGCCCUGAUAGUGUGACUUCACCUCUGCUGCACUACAUCAAAGCUCCCCUAUGACCGCUGCACAAAAAAUUGCCUCAACACCAGUUUUGGAACAAACUGAACAGUGUAAACCUGGCUGGUGAUAUGAACCCUAUUAUCUAUUCAUGCACUAUUGUAGGGGGCCUGACUUGUAUGAUACAUAGACUAUUUGUGAAUUACAGCUGUGCUGCACGACUACUUGGAAGUUAUAAAUAGGUCUUACAGCUGGUAUGACAUUUUAUGCCUUGUACACUUAGCUGGACAAAUAAACUAUUCUGUUUUUGUAAUUUUUUAAUAAAGCUCUACAGCUGUUGUUUGAUAA